AUGACGGGGUUCAAGUACCUCAAUCAGGCUGAGAGCUUUCUUAAAGAGCCAUACCAGCCAAGCCAGACACCAACAAACACUGAGAGAAACUCAGGCUCCUCUGACCCAGACAACACGACCCGUGCUGGUGGCCUUUAUCAACAGUCAAAUCGUAGCCGACCGAGUUUCAGCCUCUUCCGCCAGUCCAAUGAGAGCCGCUCAAACAUUAGUCUCUAUGGCCAUUCCAACCAAAGUCGACCAAACUUGUCCUUUGUUUCGGAUCAUGGACACUCGCCAACAACUUCAGUUCACUCAGUAGACAAGUCCAAGACAGACAAAGGCAAGAAACGAGCUGGCCGCCACCGAAGUAAGACUGCUGGUGCUGAAGCAUCUCCAUCCAGCCCCGUCACAUCAUCGCCCAUCAGUCCUCUGGGAAAUGAGUCGACAGUCCACCAGCGUGCAGCCAGGGCUACACGUGAGCGCAUGCGUGAUGUCAAUAACCCAAUCAAGGUACACAGCCGUUUGUCGGCCAUCAUGGACAAGGACCUACCCAGCAGCGGUAUAGCGACAGUCAGCCUGCGUCUUUCAGAGUUGCCUGAUAACAUAUUGAUCAGUAGACCUGUCAGAGAGAUGGCCAGAGAUUCCCCUGACAGCGUUGCUACCUUUCAAGUUCAAUUUCAUCCAGGACUUGAUGUCAAUCUGAACAACAUGGCUGAGGCAAUUUUCAGAGGUCAGGCCAUGCCAGUCGCUCGAGAAAUCUCUGCAGACAUGGUGGCUAAGGUUGAUAAGCCCUUGUCACCAAUCGCCGAAAGAUCUUCAUCUCCAAUCGUCGAAGAAUCCCCGUCCUCAAUCAUUGAGAAGCCCACUUUUCCAGUGGGUGAAAUACUGACAUCUCCAAGUAAACGACGCCGUGCUUCAACCAAGUCUGUCCAUUUCAGCGAGGAGGAUAAGAUCUUUCACAUUACUCCCGCGGGAUCGAGCGCUUCAAAGGACAUGCUUGCCAAUAGUGAAGGCUGCGCCGUCGCGUCAGACGAUGAAAGCAAGAUACAAGGUAAACAAGAUGAGGAUCACGACCAAGGUCAGCAGAGCGACGAUGGUGCAGAUGAGAUCCAAGACCAGCAUGAAGAUCACAACCGAAGCAAUGUUCAAGACAAUGAUGAAGACAAAGAAGAUGUGGAUCGCACAGAAGACCCCGGCGAGACAUCUUUCAGCAGCGAAUCAGAUUCAGGUGAUGCACAGCCAGAGUCCGGUGAAGAUACUUCCCACAGCUUCAUUCUUCCCGAGUUUGACUUUGAGCUAUCAGCAAGCCGUUUCAGCAGCAUAUUCGCAGACGAUGGAGAAGCUCCAGAGGUGCCGGCUGUCGAUGAAUCCUCCGGUUCGAUAUCUCUAUCGUCACCUCCCGAAGUCUUGGCAGCACAUGAGCCCGACAGGGAAUCCCAGAGCGACUCAGCUAACAAUGAGUCAAUCAUUAUUCCGACUGCUGACCAAGAAAAGGUUGAGACAACGGAUGAAGUCACAGAGGGUAUCGAAAUUGACGCACAGAAGAGUGACACCGUCAUUGUUGAGCAGUGUUAUCCUGACGCUGAUGAACAAGGCUGCCAUAAUGCUGAUGAGCAGGACGUUAUUGGCGACAAUGACCUGCAAGAUGCUACUGCAGCUGAGCAAAGCGAUGAUGUUUCUGACAAAGACAAUAGUGUCAUAACCGCCGACUCGCAGAGAACCACUACCGCAGACGGAGAAAACACUGUGUCCAAUGAUGACAACAGUACCAUCAUUGCAGAUGAACAAAGCGCCAUCAUUGCUGACGAAUCCAACACCGUUUCUAAUGACCAGGACAGCAUCAUCGUCAACGUAUCCAACACGAGCGUAGCAGACGAGCAAACAAGCAUUGACACUCACAUCGAAGCAAGAGAUAACCAAACCGAUCAAGCGGAGAGAACCGAAAGCAAUGACACAAACCAGCAAACCGAAGAUUACGUCGAUGAUGACGUCGAGGUCUCAUCUAUUUUCAGCUUGCUCAUUAACAAGCAGCGUAAUGAGCAAGUGACGGACAAUGGGCAAUCUCGCCAACAAGAGGUCAUGCCCCGUGCUGAGUCGCCAACUAUGGGUGAAAUUGGCGAGCAACAUGUCAUGGUAACAAUACCUCCUCUAGUGCCUCGACCUAGACCUAAUGUCACGUCGCAGCGUUCUCAUUUGCCUAUACUCCCGAGAUACCCUCCGCCGACGCCCGCUCCUUCGUACCCGGUCCCUAAUCUGCCUAAGGAGGUGAUUCCCCCCAUGCCUCUUGUGCCAGCCGUGGCGCCGCUUCGCCUACACCAGCGGAGCGAGCAAGACUUGCGAGGAUCUACUCGCAACUUGCCUGUCUUGCCGCGUGCCUCGCAAAUUCCGGCACCGGGUACGUCCUCUGGGUUGCCAAUCCCUGCACCAUCUACACCUCGUCGUCCUGCCCUGCGAACAGCAAAGAGUUUUCAGCUUCAGCAUGAGGACUCUCCGCGUCCAGUGCCUUCUAGGUCUCUGAUCCCGGAGCUUCCUGCUCGCGCACCGGUAGUCAAGCUUCAGUCGAGCACUCCAGACGCUCCCUCUCGUAUUCCGGCCAUCCCUCCCCGUAUGCGCCCUUUGCGGCCGUCCAUGUCAAUUAAUGACAUGGCGACUGCAUCCAACAAACAGAAUCAACCGAGUUUCGCACAGCGCGCGGAGAAGGCGUCGUACAAUCGACCUUCUGCGGAUAUCCCCCGCCCAAGUCAAAGCCGUAUCGAGGUUAUCAAAGAGACUCAGGUGUCCGAACAGAAGCUAUCGGCAGAAGAGACAGUCCCUCUGGGCCCUACCAUUUCGAGACACGUGCCGAAGCCUCGACAAGUACUUCAACCACAGCCCGAGCAAGCAGAGCCGUCCAGACUGCGCAAGAUCGCGACACGUUCGCUGGGAAGUCUUGCUGGUGGCUCUUAUCGAAGCUCGAACAGAUCGUUUGGCAAUCUCAAAGCAGCAGCAGCGGAGACAUCGAACCACCCGCUGCCGUACAAAAAAUGGCUUCAUUCUUCAGAGGCAGCCACGCUGCAAGACGACCUGUCCCGCGGAUAUGAUGCAAACAGUCCUUAUAUCCGACAGCGUCACCAGGUACCGAUGCCUAUCCCGCCUGCUGUGAACUCAAGAACCUCUAGCAUUGGAGCUACCGAUGCUGGGCCUGGUUAUUCCGCUGCUUCCACUGGCCUUCAUUCUUCGAGAGUGCCCAGGCGACCUCAAUUUGGUCGCAGUAACAUCCCGCCCGUCGCCAAUGCAGCCAGUGGUCCUGACCAGACUCGUCUCUCACAGGUUCUAGAGACAGAUGAGACUACCCCCAAGAGGGGCCCUCCUACUCCACAGACUAUCUCUGGUCAUCGUUAUCGUCGCCCUGCAACUCCACAAUCCCCCUUCGUCCGUGAUCAGCACAGUCCUGUAACUCCUCAGGCUACUGCAGUUUCUCAGCAGCAGAACACCCCGGAGAACAAUAUUCAGCGUCAGCUAUACGAGAUGCUGGAUCACGAGAUUGAGCGACAGCGCACUCGACCUGUACGUCAAGAAGAGAUUGCAUCAAGCCCGCUGAGUGCUCGAACUCCUGAGGCUCCGCCUCGACGAUCUAUUGCCCCUACGCCUCCCCGGCGUAUUCCCACUGUCCGCCGCAGCACAGAUACAAUUCGCACGGCGACGAUGGCCCUGCCCUGUGGCCACACCGAGGUUCAGCAUAGGAGCCUCACAGAUGAGGAUAGAAGAGCAUGUGGCAUUUCGGGUGGACGUGCUCUUGAGAGAAGUUCCAGUGACAAUUUCUUUCGAAACCAGCGACCCUACGACCUCGCCUUGCACCGGCCUCGUCAAUUCUUUGCCCACGCCGGCCUAACAGCUCGCGUAUCAACACCGACCUCGGUAAGCACGCAAGCCUUCCUGUUUCCGGAAGGGGCGGAAGCCUUCAAUCGGACCUACGAUCCGGAGAGGCCCGGCGGCCGGGAUCUUACCAGUCGCAUGCCGCGGUCUGCCACGGCUCCGGCUCUGCUACCUUGCAGUCCCGAGGCUGCAAAUCGGUCUGAAGAUCAGGCUGAAGAUCGGGUUGAAGAUCGGGCUGAAGAUUGGGCCAAGGAUCGCCCAGACGUGCCGAGCCCCGGUACGGCCGCUCAACGGAGUUUUGCAAAACUUUGUUCCCGCUUCACCAUAGCGGAGCUCCGCUCGGCCUACGGUGGAGAGACGGAGGAAGAGAUCGUGCGCGCUCUGCGCAGUGAUCAGAGCGGCGGAAUCAAGGGCGGCGAGACAGCGGAGCAGCCCCACGAUCCCUUUGUGGGAGUGCCAGAGCACUCCAACAUCUUAUACUCGGCAUCGGCCGGAGGACCUCGGGAUUUGGUUGCGGCCCGGGACCGCGAACAGGGCGGGCCUUAUGACGAAGAAGUCAGUCAGCUUGAGGGAGUCGUCGCUGCCAGUACGCCUCGUCAGGAGGACAAGAAAUUGACGUUGCGCUCAUCGAAGAGCGUGAGUUCUUUGCUGACCCGCUUUCGUCGCGGUAAAGGAGAGAAAAAAUAA